AUGGCCUUAUCCAAAAUGUAGCUAACAUGUUUUUAUACUUAGGCUGUGUGAUUGAGGUCUAAAAUACGAGGCCCUUCUGAGUAAACACAUGAAAACCUCCUGUCUGCAGUAACACAAGAAUCAGCCCCCACUUAAUGAACACAUUAAUCCACUUAUUCCUAUGUACUUACCCCACUUACAUCACUCUUUCUCUGUGAAUACAGAGAAGCUGAUUUUAGAGCCAUAUUAAUGCUGGGAGCAAGUCUUCAGUAGAAUGCUGUUACUGGUGCUUGACUGGUGUCCUGGUGUGUGGCUCUGUCUGCCUGCAGGUGCCAACUCCAUUGUGAAUACACACACACACACACACACAGGGACUGGUGCAGUGGCAUGGCGGGCGGCCAGGGCUAAUUGGCUAGAUGGAGGGGGUUGGAGUGUAAAUCUCACUAUGUACAGGAGAUAGUGACACCCCUCCACUGGCACUUUAUGGGCACCGGGAGGGGAGGUGAGGUAGCGGGCGGAAAUUGGGCAGCGGGUGGAUCCAGGGCACUGAGGCUGGCAUUGUGAUGUGGACUCUGAAAGGACCCUUCAAAUUAGGCAGCUAGGGAAGGAGGGAGAAAGGGAGAGGGUGGUGAGAGGAGAAUAGGAGGGGGAAAUCCGAGAGAGGUUUAAUGAGAAUAAACAGAGCCCCUAAUCGUGAUGGGUCUGUUUCUUUUUCUUGGAAAUGCUUGGCAAACCUGAUUUAGUCAGGGGGAUGAUUUUAUCCAAACCUCUGUCAGUUGAUCUGUCAUGAGACUGGUCACUGUUUGCUUUGCCCCGUGACUGUUUACCUUCUUUAUCUAUGAGAGAUUUAAAAUAGAAAAAUAGGUGAAUGAUUGGUGGCAGUCUCUAGACCGCCUAAACAACCCUUGAUACAGUAACUGUCUGCUAUAUCGGAUGCAGAUAUUUUUAUGAUACAUAAUUGUGUCAGACAGGUUCAGACACCAUGUGAGAGGUCAUUUUCAUGAUGUCCCAUAGACAUUAAUGACCAGUGCAGUCAAAAUGCUGUUUUUCCUGUGUUUUAUAUCAUAUUGUCACAGAUGACGAAACUAACAAUGUGAAAGUGUGACAAAAUGUUAUACGUGUUAUUUCCUGAUAGUUUCUGGUUGAAAAUACAAUCUACACAGGGCCUUUUAAUCAGCAGGUUUGCAUGAGCAGGAGUUACUGUUUUCCAUGGUGACAUCACCAUGCGGUAAAUUGGUUAUUCUACAACGGGUUGGUCAAAACAAGCAUUGUGAUUGGUUGAAACGUGUUCUAAGCCAUACUAAAAAACCUGUUUAGCACAGGUCAGCCCAUGACUUAAAAUGGGAAUCUUGUUUUCUGUUCCAUCUGAGAAAUCUCUGCACAUCCACUGUCCCAUCAGCCCAGCCAGCCAAUUCAUUAACUUGAUCUCCACUGUAAAAAGCAGCUAGACAUUAUUUCCCAAAUGCUUCUAGCCUAACAUUUGGGUUGCAACAAUGGGAGUUUGUACAAACGUUGCUAUCUGUCUCCACAUUUGCAACAUUCUUUCAAUAUUGAAAUUCGAUCUCCACUGUCCUAUUGAGAAUCAACAUGCCAGUCGAAAUCAUGAAACAGUAUCAUUUUUAUGGAUAUAUACAAAGAAAUGUCAGUAGAAAAACAGGCCAAACGAAAUGAAAUACAGUUACUUUGCUGUUAUUCUAGCUGCACAGUUUGACGUAACUGUGUUAGCCGUAGUUGGCUAGCUAGCAAGCAAGGGAUGAGAGCGUUGCCAGCCAGCAGAGUUUUUUAUUUAAUUGGUAACCCGUUGUAGAAAAUUAAUUGUACACUCAACGUUGUGCAAAACAACUUUUUUAGCACUGCUGUGCUGAUCUACGGUAUUCGGCUCCACCUCGUACCUAUGACCACAGCACCGCCGUGCUAAAAAAGUUGUUUAGCACUCCCUCUCAUGUACAAUUGCUUUAAUAGACCAAUAAUGAAUAGAGUUCCAAACCUCUCUGCCAGCUAGUUUUCCCUCCCCACUCAGACCACUCCCAGACAGUCCAAGCAAAAUUCUUGCUUGAGGAAUAGUUUUUUGCUAAAAAGCUAUUUUUGCCAUUUUAAUGGAAAUCUAUUACAGUAAGGUACUUAAUUGUUACCCAGAAAUGAUUUAAUAUUGAAAUAAAAACGUCUACAUUGAGCCUUUAAUAACCCACCUUACUGCAACUCUGUGACCUUCUCCGCUCAAUAAUCAUCAAUCUCAGUUAACCUACUGCUAUAUUGGUAUACUAGUAGUGGCCCAUACACUGCUCAGACAUAUAAAGCAUCGCCCUCAACGUGACCAAGACAAAGGAGAUGAUUGUGGACUACAGGGAAAAAAAGAGGACUGAGCACGCCCCCAUUCUCAUCGACGGGGCUGUAGUGGAACAGGUUGAGAGCUUCAAGUUCCUUGGUGUCCACAUCACCAACAAACUAUCAUGGUCCAAACACACCAAGACAGUCGUGAAGAGGGCACGACAAAGCCUAUUCCCCUCAGGAGACUGAAAAGAUUUGGCAUGGGUCCUCAGAUCCUCAAAAUAUUAUACAGCUGCACCAUCGAGAGCAUCCUGACUGGUUGCAUCACCGCCUGGUAUGGCAACUGCUCGGCCUCCGACCGCAAGGCACUACAGAGGGUAGUGCGUACGGCCCAGUACAUCACUGGGGCCAAGCUUCCUGCCAUCCAGGACCUCUAUACCAGGCGGUGUCAGAGGAAGGCCCUCAAAAUUGUCAAAGACUCCAGCCACCCUAGUCAUAGACUGUUCUCUCUGCUACCGCACGGCAAGCAGUACCGGAGUGCCAAGUCUAGGUCCAAAAGACUUCUCAACAGCUUCUAUCCCCAGGCCAUAAGACUCCUGAACAGCUAAUCAUGGCUACCCGGACUAUUUGCACUGCCCCCCCCACCCCCAUCUUUUUACGCUGCUGCUACUCUCUUAAUAAUUUAUGCAUAGUCACUUUAACUCUACCCACAUGUACAUAUUACCUCAAACUAGCCCCCCGCACAUUGACUCUGCACCGGUACCCCCCUGUAUAUAUAGCCUCCCUACUGUUAUUUUAUUUUACUUCUGCUCUUUUUUUCUCAACACUUUUUUGUUGUUGUUGUUUUAUUUUACUUUUUAAUUAAAAAAUAAAUGCAUUGUUGGUUAAGGGCUGUAAAUAAGCAUUUCACUGUAAUGUCUACACCUGUUGUAUUCGGCGCCUGUGGCCAAUCAAAUUUGAUUUGAUUUGAUUUGAAACAGCAGCUGUCUAUGACUAUAACUAUCUGAGAAAGCCCACGAAUGCAUGCUCAAUCCUGUAGCCUCCUCCAUCCCCCUCACUUUCUAUUGAUCAUGUUGAACAUACUGCUAGUAUACAGCAUUCAUACGUCACAUAUAGAAGCGUCUGCCAUCUGUGAGGCCCAUCGACUCCCAGCCAGUAAGUUGGAGCAGGGCGGAAUGGGACCAAGAGCCUUGGGCAGUGAUAAGCCACAUUUAUCUGCCAUGGUGCGAGCUACAGUACAGGAUUAGAGCCACACAAUGGGCCUGUAACACAGAUAGGAGGUGCACGGUAAUGGCCGUGACUCCAUUAGACUCUACCUUUAACUAAUUCACUCACAGCCACAGAAAGACUUAUUCGUUAUCACUACACUAUUUAGUGUCUGCGGACAUGGUAGCAGAAAUCCCCUUACAGUUACCCAGUAGAGGAUGGGGAUAGACAGUCUUAGUCGUGUAGCCUGCAGCUUGCACAGUUAGGAACACCUUCUUUUUAACAAUCAACAACCUCAGACCUAGAAAAUCCUCAAUGCCAAGAAAGAAUGGAGGUUCUAGAAUGACAGAGGUUACACUGGUUACACUGAUGUAGGGUUUUUAUAAUAGAGGAGUAGCUCUUUGUAGGAGAUGGUGUAUGGUUGUAGAAUGAUGAUAGGGGCGGCGGUUCUUUCUUCCCCCUAAAUAUUAGCUGACAUGAGCCCAAUAUAAUAAAGCUCCCAGAAGGCCCUGGGGUAUGGGUGUCUUCAACGUUAUUGUCUCUCUGACAGGACUGUCAUCAUGAAUGACCUCCUCCUGUACUAUGAUAGGGGAAGAAGGAGGGAGGGAGAGAGCGAGGAGGACAAGAGGGUUAAAUAGGGUAGGGAAAGAGGGUGAGAGAGCGAGAUGAGAAGGGAACAGAUGAAGGGAGAGAAAGGGGAAGCUGAGGAGUGUGAAGGGUAGAAAUAUUUUUUUUUUAAAGAGGACGAGAGAAGGGGAGAGUUAGAAGGGUGGAUGGGGUUAAGAGACAGAUACAGAUUCUCCCCAUUGCAGAACAGCUGAUGACAUUGACCUUGUGGUAAUAGUUCAGUUUACGAGGAGCCAACCUACCCUGUUUCCCCAGAGCUGGUGUGAAACCAGGGGCACUAAGCCCUCCAGAUGUUCCCUGGGUAAUCUCCCCACCCCGCUCCAUGUACCUCAUCCUCCCCCCAUUCCCCACGCUGCCCAGUUCUGUAUGUCUCUCAGACUAAUGGCUAUUUACUGUAUAGUCACAAAGAGCAUGGCUUUCUUAAAUACCUUUAAAAGAUCUGUCAUUGAUUCCUAAUUAUUUUUGUAUUUUCGUAUCAGAUUUAAAGGGCAAGGCUCUGAGAGUGUGUCACACUGAUUUAAGCCACCCGUCCAGUAACACCAAAGUGGUUGUUCAUGUUGGAUCGAUUGGGCUGUCAGGCUUGCACUACAGUACAUGCUCCAGUACAAACACACACACACACACAUACAUACACACACAAACACAAAUGUACACUCAUACUAAUGCACAUACAUGCUCAUGUGCCUACGCAUUUUCACACAAAUAUGACCCCUGGACACACACCGAAACACUAAUUCACAUUUAUGUGCAUUCAUGCACGAUAUCACCCCUCUAGACUUACACAUAAACACGACCACACACAAAGGGAAGACUAGAGAGAUCAGAGCAACACACCCACCCACACAGUAAAAUAUUAAUGUUAUUUUUCUUUAAGCAUUCUAUUCAAAGCUUUAAAUGUGAAUUGAGUGUGUUCGCCCCACUAAUAGGUCAUCUGGCUUGCUUAGCAAUGUAGCUAGCUAACGUUACAGCCCGUACCUUAUUCAUUAAUUCAAAUCAAAUCAAAAUGUUAUUUGUCACAUGCACUGAAUACAACAGUGACAUGCUUACUUACAAGCCCUUAACCAACAAUGCAGUUUUAAGAAAAAGAAGUGUUGAGUAAAAAAUAGAUAACCAAAAAAGUCAAUAACAAAUAAUUAAAGAGCAGCAGUAAAAUAACAGUAGCGAGGCUAUAUACAUGGGGUACCGGUACAGAAUCAAUGCGAGGGGGCACAGGUUACGCUCCCUUCUCUGUCAAUGCAAUUUUCUUCUUGUCAUUAUAAUAAAAAUGUGUGUUGACUGAUCAACACAGUGUCAAGUUACUUUGCAAUGUAUUCCCGAAAACCUGAAGUCGCCAUCCAAGUAAAAAGUAGCCAGGGGGUGCGGGUGUACCCAGGUUAAACAACACCAACAUCAUUGCUUGCGCGACCUUUGCGCAGUCAAAAGAAAAUGCCAUGCUUGCUAACUUGGUUAGCUACAGUAUGUGACUGUUUUCAACACAUCAACUGUUUUAGACAAUUAUUUUAACCAAGCAAGAUAAAUAAACGUUUAAUCAGUACUGAGUGAAAGAACAACAAAAACAUUGUGCAACUAAAGCUUCCUGUCAUCACCAGACUGUCCAUUUAAAUAGAGUGUCUAGAUAAUUCAUUCAAGACAGGUUUUGUAGAGUAAUGGUUAAUCUGGGAAUCGAAAGGUCCUGAGUUCGCCUCUCGGAGGAGACAUUUUGACCAUUCUCUUUUGUGUAUAGUUUUGACUCUAAAUCAGCACAUCUGCCGUCCCCUUGGUGUAUCCCAAGUUGUUUCUACCAAGGUGGAUGACUGGGAUGUCUGGGGUAGAAGUAGCACAGACCCUCUGAUGGCGCAGAACACCAAGCAGUUUGUGCCACUUCAUGCCUUGCACUCUGAGCCACCUAAUGUGACAGUCAAUAAUGUAUGUAAAUAGUUAUUGGGUAGGCUACAUGUUGAUUAUUUGUGUCUUUUCCAGGAGCUUGCGCGAUUGUCUUGUUAAAAGAGAUCAGGGAAAUAUUUUCCAGUUUACUCCAUAUUUGCUUAAAUGGGUUUCUGGUUUUUCGCUUCCCUCUGUAAAAUCAGCUGUUAAUAUAAAUACUAAUAACUACAUUAUUUCUGUUGACAUUUGUCAUUGUGUAUUUUUACUUUACUUUACAGUAUUGCUGUGUUAUGCUGUAUCAUAUAAUGUUGUAUAAUAAUAUUACAUAAUCACCUUCCGGUGUAAAAACCAUGGAAAUUAAAAACAAAUAAAUAUGUUUUAAAUGAGAAGUAGGCAUUGGUAUGAAUCCGAAAAAGAAAGGAAAUUCACAUGAGCAAAACAAUGCAUACUUCACCCAUGCUCUACCAAGGUUUUCCAGCACACAGCUUUGACCUACUGCAGUAGCUAUGUUGGUGUAUUGUACUUCCAACAAUGUGUAGGCAGGUUGCUUAGGAUUAAAACCUUCUCAAACAGCCAAAUUCAUACUCUUCAGAGGGAUAAUGGACUUUACAUUAUCCUGCUAUUAAAAUAAUGUGUAUAUCAUUAGGCUAUUGUACAUUUUUAUUAUUGUAGCGUCAUCAUCUUUAUUGCAAAAAUAAAUACAAAUACACACAACUUUAAGCUACAUAGUCAUUUGACUGAGGUAAUGAACUGUCCAUUGUUCAGAACAGCAAUUGAUAAAACAGGACCAUGUUUGAAAAACAAGUGGUUCUGAGCUUAUGUCAAUAUUACACAGGUAAGCUAACGGUUACAGAAAUCAGGAAUGCAGACAGGCUCUAUAGACCUCUAUAUCUAUAUGAGUGACCGUGUUGUUAUGUUGGGUACCUACUGACCUGAUGGUGCUGUAAGUAUAAAAGCAAAGCUUGCUUUCAUAUAAUAAAAAAAGCUUGAAAAGGUAGUGAAAUGGGGUUAUGUUUUACUGUGGGGUGGGAAGAAUGCAAUACAUUACCUUGUAUGCAGUACAAAUCACAUUAUUGUGAGCCAGACAGCACUUUCAUAUCAGUAAUCCUGCUUCGUGCCAUCUGGGAAUCUUGUACCUUCUUUUCAGGGAAGGGAAAUGGGAAAAGGUAGUAAAUGUGGGAUUUUCAUGGAAGCACACACCAGAUAUCCCAUAGUAUUAAGACCAAGCCAGAGUCUAACCACAGUUUCAAAACCCACCUAAUCUACAGCGGUAUUAAGCUGUGACCUUUAGCCUAGUGACUUACCGAGUUAUAGAGCUAUUUUCAAUAGCGGUUAUUGUGAAAAGCUCAAACACUUUAGGCACUAACUCAAAGCUUUGCUGAGACAUGAGCUGGUUAAGACUCAGUAUGCCGUCAAAGGCAGUUUUAGUUGUGAAAUUGGAGCUGUAGAUGUGAAAGUGAAGUGUUGGGCAGAGUUCCAGUAUGACUGAAUCAGCUCAGAGGAGGGAGCUAUGACCUCUAGAAUCUACUGAGCCAGUGCUUUCAUAUCCUUUACAGCAGCACCCACUGCAUCCCAUACAGAGAGAGGAUUAGACCACAGUCAAGGACUUAUCAGAGGACACACAGAUAUAUACACAUACUGUAUACUGCACAUUAGGCUUAAUCUAACACUACAGCUAUGCUUGUACUUAAGCACAGUUUGCACACAUUAACAUUAAUGCUCUUAAGUAUUAUCCAAACACACACACACUCCCCAGUCAGGUGGGUUUGAGUGUGUGUGUCUGAGUGAGGCAGUUGGUGUGUGCCUGUAGUGACAGCAGGCAGUAAGUCUUCAUAAACCACACAUCUCUUUAUGCUAAUCAGAGACCUCCAAUUGACAGGAUUCCUUAAUGGUGGCACGUCAAAUGUCAACAAAACCAGAAAUCCCCAGGGGAGGGCUCGUUCAUUCGCCUGAUGAAAUGUUAUUCACGUUUUACGGCAGCCACGCACUCAGCCACCAUAACCCCCACUGUGUAACUACGGCUCACCUUUUCUGUCCGGCAGAAUGGCAGACACCCCUUCACCCCGAGGACCUCUGCAUGGUCAGUGAUAGCGGGAGCAGAGUGGGCUCUUACGGACAGCAGGGUGGAAGGUCAAAACCCUUGUUUGCAUCCUAAUCCGUUUGUGUGGUGGUCUGUAUUCAUUAAGGCCAGACAGCACUGACCCUCCAGCUGAGGCAACUGACCGUGGGCUGGAAGAGACCGUUCCAUAUGACUUAGACUGGACCACCUGGCUAUCUUUGUCUAUCCUGAACAUGACAAAUCACUGUAGAGAAAAGUGAAACAGACCUAGAUUGCGCUAGCAUAGAUUUAGCCUGCUCCUGGACUUAAAGGAGUAGUUCACUAUUUUACAACAUGAUGUUAGAUGCUUCCUCACCCUGAAAGUAGUCUAUGGGCCAAGAGAAAUUGUAAUCCAUAGUUCGGUUUUCUUUAAACAGUCACUACAAUCUUCAGCUAACUUUAGCCACCGCUAGCUAAAAAUCUAUGGAAGUGAUGGAGGCAUGACCAAAAUCACCAGAAAUCAACUCAAAUAAACUCCAUAUUUGUUUUGAUGUUACUUAAAGCUCAUGAAUAUUAAUGAGUCUUCAUCCAACCAUCAGCAUUAAUCGGGCUAUGCGCUUAGUGAUUAAUUAUUACACAGAGCUAAUAAGGAGCAUCUACUUCCUUCAACAGGGAUUUAGCAUCACUCUGAAAACAUGCUAACGGUGGACACACAUUUUUCUAAAGAUUUAAUGGUAUCUGCAAGCUAAGCUAAUAAUUGCAUGAAGUCCUAUUAGCUGGGUAAUAGAGAGUAAUAAAGACAAAUUGGUUGAUUCAAUUGGUUAAAUUGGUUAAAUUGAUUAAAUUGGUUAAACUGAUGAGUCAAAUUACUGAGAUGUUUUCGAAGAAUACAUUUCAAACUCUUUCCACACACUCACACACACGCACACGCACACACUCUGCACCUGUUCUUAGACAUAAUGAUCCCUCUGAUCUGUGACUGGAGUGACGUGUGUGUUGAGGGACACUCCUUUGUCACCUCAACUCGGUCACCUGAAAGGAUUACAGGUUGUGUGUCACGCUACACACACACACACACACACACACACACACACACACACACACACACACACACACACACACACACACACACACACACACACACACACACACACACACACACACACACACACACACACACACACACACAUGCACGCAUAAUGAAAGAGACCACACUGCAUGGCUGAACUCACACUUACUCUCAAAGUUAAUGGAUUCAUACACCGAUAACUACAGAAAACAGAUUGCACAUGCUCUCUCUCAAAGUCACACACGUAUACAUUCAGAUCAAGCACCACACACAUGCCUUUACUGAGUGUCUCCUUACUGCAGAGCUUUUUUGUAGCCUAACCUUCAGACUUAUGUUUCCUGCAUUUGUAAGCUAAGGGGCAACUGGCUGGGAUGGGUAGUGAUGGGGGACGACAGGGGAAGGUUUAAGGGGUGGUAGGGGAGGCAAUCGAGGCUACCGGAAUGGAAGGAAGGGGUAUGGAGAAGGACAGACAGGGGGACAGAGAGAGACAGUGAGGACACAGGCUGGCCGCUCUGCAGGGCUUACAGUAUCUGAUCCUGUUGGCUUUGAGCCUGUCAGUCUGUCAUCGGAGGAGGGGAACAGGGAGUUAUCUCUGAGCUCUCUCUCUCCUCUCCUCCCUCGUUACUUUCUUACCUUCAAAUGAUUAAUGGAGACAAGGCCAUGCUCACUGCAAGGUGGGAGAUGCUGCAUUCAGCUGUAUCUGUAUUACAGUAAGCAUGUUCAUCUGUCAUGUAUUGAAAACAAAUGCUAGCAUCUGUACUGCUCCGACAUCUUUAUGUGUCAAUACAUGUGGGCUACUACACUCAAAUCUGUUCUAACAUAAAUGAAUUGAAGGACUUUCAUCAGAUGUGUUGCUUUGAAUUGUGAAUUACUUCCGUAUUGGGAUUAGAUCACAGUCGUCAUACGUUGAUAUGCAGGGAUUCCUGUGUGUGAAGGAAGUAGGUCAUUGUGAAUUAGACUCAGUGUUAGACUCAGUUGCUGUGCCUGCUUGUCUCAGAGCUUUUGUCCCUAUAUGGGAGAUAAGUUUGUUACUCUCACCAUGGUGCCAUCAGAGCUGGUAGACAUUUAUCCCAUGGCCCAACGCCCAUAGAGACACCUAGACACACACCACGCACACACACACACACACUGUACGCUGGGCACGGCCAAAUGGGUACACCCACUUAUCCAGGCAGAUUUACUGUAUUAAAACACACUCACACAAAAGCCCAAAAUAUGGUUAACUGACAAUUUCUCAUUUUUUGUCCCUUUCUCUCCAUCCCUCCCUCCUCUUCUCCCUCUAUCCCUGUCAUUCACCCCUACAGAACAGCCAGGUGGUGGAGCUGCAGCGGACCCGUCUGCGUGAUGACAUCAAGGAGUAUAAGUUCCGGGAGGCACGUCUGCUGCAGGACUACACAGAGCUGGAGGAGGAGAACAUCUCCCUGCAGAAACAGGUCUCCGGGCUCAAACAGACCCAGGUGAAGAUCAACACCAUUCACUGGGGAGGGGGGGGGGGGGGGGGGGGGGGGGGUUAGCUAUGUUGGGGUGUGGGGAUGUGGGGAUAGUAAGGAGAAUAGGUAACAUCUUCCUGAAGAAACGGGUCUCCUUGCUCAACAGAGGGGAAAUGAGAAGAGAUCAACCCAUCUUUACAUCACAGGAGGUUGGUGGCACCUUAAUUGGGGAGGACGGGCUCGUGGUAAUGACUGGAGUGGGAUAGGUGGAAUGGUAUCAAAUACAUCAAACACAUGGUUUCCAUGUGUUUGAUUCCAUUGCAAUUGUUCCGUUCCAGCCAUUAUUAUGAGCCGUCCUCCCCUCAGCAGCCUCCACUGUACUCUCUUGCUUCUGUGGGCUACUCCUCUACUCACACUUCAUUAUGAACCCCUCCUCACUGCAGAUAGCUGAACCUGCUCACUAGGCCCAGUUAACCCAGGCUCUCUGAACCUAGGCUUUGCGCUACUGUCUACUACACACCCCAGUCUAUGUGCGACUCCCAGUUUUCCAUGUAUACACACCAUAGACCUCUGUCUGUCUGCAUCCUCCAGUCUCUGCUGCUCACAUCAACCUUGAAUACACUGAUUUAAUUCAGAUUAUAGAAACCACGUUCAGAUUUAAUAAAGAGAUAAGCCUUUAUGUGGAGGCCUGUUUGCGCCCAGAGAGAGAAUGAGCGUCUCUGAAUGUGACAGUGUUUAAUGGGUGUGUUUCUGGUAAUCCCCACUUCUAGCCAGCUUUCCCUCUCCAUAGACCACAGAGACAUGGAGAGAGAUGCGGUGUUGCAAAGCAAAUACUCUGAUUUUAAUUCACACCAAUGGCAAGAGUAAAACCAGAACUGCUAACAUUCUUCACAUGCCCUAUAUCCAGGGAUUAUGUUUGUUAAAUUUAAAGGCAUGAUUUUAAAACAGAAGGCUGUCGGCUAUAGUUUUAAUUGGCCAAUGUAAGAUUACAGUACCAAAUCCUAUUUAGAUGAAAAGACAAGACAAAAGGCAAUUUUGCCCUUUUAAAAGCCCUCUUUUUAUGGUGACAAAACGAGUUGAUUAAACCAGUAUGGUAUUCUAUUUGCAUUUCCCCCAUAUAAGCCCGCCUUUAUGCUUUGAUUGACAGCUACCUGUCUGUCCCGCCCCUACAGGUGGAGUUUGAGGGUCUGAAGCACGAGAUUCGUCGUCUGGAGGAAGACACCCAGUUCCUGAACAGCCAAUUGGAGGACGCAAUCCGCCUGAAGGAGAUCGCCGAGCGACAGUUAGGGGAAGCCCUGGAGACCAUCAAGACUGAGCGCGAGCAGAAGGCCGCCCUGAGGAAAGAGCUAUCCCACUACAUGAGCAUAGGAGACUCUAUGUACCACAGGUACACACACAAUCAAAGGCACCAAUUCCAUCUGUAACACCUCAUGCAUUCAUCAAAACCCUGUACAAUAUAAUAAAAACAGUUAUGAGAAUAACUGUGAAAUUCAUGUUUUCAUGUUAUCAUGUUCUGGUCCUCUCCCUCUCCCCAGCCCCCUCAGCAUCUCUCUGGAUGGUCUCAAGUUCAGCGAUGACGCAGCCACGGAACCCAACAACGACGAGGCUCUCCAUGGUUACGAGAACGGCUUCAGCAAGCUGGCCAACGCCAUCACUGAGGACAACCGUGCAUCCACGCCCAAGAAGGGUGACCUGUUCCGCCCCGUCCCCAGCCUGGUAGACGACCUGCUGAGUGAACUCAACAUCUCUGAGAUCCAGAAACUCAAACAGCAGCUGCUGCAGGUACAUAGACAGUUAAUUUGAGUAUGUCUGUGUUCACUGUGCAUGAUAGGGAUAACAGUCAGGAAUAUCCAGCUGCUGCAGGUAUAACCAUAGCGGGUCAUUCAUUCAGUGAAUCUGUUUACACUGUGUAUGAUAUGAAUGACGUCAAGGUUUGAAUUACACAUUGAUACUGAAAUGUUCAAAACAAACGUUGAUAUCUUCAAAGCCUAUGGGAAUGUCGUAAUAUGUUAUUGUAGUGCCCAGUACCCUCAGUCACCCUCGUAAUUCAAGUGUUUGUUGGCAGUGGGGAAUAGAAGAAUGGACUAUUGACUGCACACUGUGUGUAGACUCACUUAAUAUACACUUUCCCAGUGUAUUUGAAGGCCCAGUCUACACACACUAACAUAAAUUAGUUAUGUAAAUUAGUUAUGGCGAUCCGAUCAAUAUUCACUUCUGAGAUCCAAUAACGGUGUACAUCAGAGUGACCUGACCAUUGCAGUUAGCUCCUAUGUAUAGCCUAGUGGUCAAAUAGGAGCUAAGUGCAAUGGUCAGGUCACUCUGAAGAAGACGUCAGCUUGACGUCGAAACGUCAGUCACCUGUUCUCAUUCUGUUCUCAUCCUGUACAAUGGAUUAGUGUGAGCCCCAAAAAAAUAUCUGCCUUUUUUGUUGAGUGCUCCAAAUCCUUUCUGCGUCGAAUUAGUCCUUCUGGAAGUUUUUCUUGGUAAGCCGUUCUCAUGACUUUUGUCAUUGUUGUUGUGCACCCUCCUUUCCUUUGUUUGCUGAAGCGAAGGCCCACCCGAACACUGUACAUCAGUCAUCCCCCGGAAGGGUCCAGAAGGAUAUUAAUUCAAUAGUAGAGCUGUUGAGAAGGCUCAGUCUAUCACUUACUGAUUCAUUAAUUGUCAUUGGUCCAGACAAGCCAAAGGGAGAUCAAAGUCAAUUACAGCAUAGAGCCAAAAGCAAUAAAACACCAUAGAACUCCUAUACUUUAGGUUUACAGAUAGCAAAUACUGAUUAGGGUUUUUCUAUCUCAGGCUGUCAUGUACUAUAGAUCUCUGUAUAGCCUCAUCAACUCUUAGAGCCUACAUAUCAUCCAUUGGAAUCAGAACGAUUUCCUUGACUACUCUAGAAGCCAAGCCUCUUGUUGGAAUGUGAAGUCGGUCGGUCGACUCGGUCAGUCAGUCAGUCAGACAAGUGUGUCCAGUGGCUACUCAUGCAGGCUACACGCAUCUCAAUUAUGUUAGGGGGAUCUAAUCCCCCGGGAUGCCACACACAUGAGGCGCCACCACCGGUGGAUCUGCCAUCUAUCAGAACGCCUCAGAUGUCUCCAUGGUUACCAGUGUGUACUGGUUGGAUACCUGUGGGUGAAAAGACUCAAGUCCCCCCCCUCCCCCCUAACACACAUCACAAUGAGGUUGUCACCAGGAUGCCUCUAGGUUACCAUAGCAUUGUCUUGGUAUGAGUACCAUGACAUUUAACCCGAUCCGGUCCUUUGAUACUGAAUUUCAGAGGCAGCAGCAGCAGGCCUUGGUGUUCAGCAUUAAGCCAACAUAGUGUCAACCAGCCCUUUGGGUCUCCUCCUCUGGCCGGAAUCGCAACAGGGAAACCCAAACCUCUACUCAAUAAUUAAACUGCUCCGAUGCCAUUCUCUCUCUCCUCAUCCUGUCGAUCACAGACUGAUUAAUCAAUCCCAGACAUCCGCUCGCAGCAGGUCACCCUACUCCUCAGUUACAGCAGAAUCCAUACUCCCACUGUGCAAUCAGAUCCAAAAUGGCUGCCGUGGGAGUAUGAUGCCCACUCAUGCGAACCAGUUGCCCUUUUACACAGUAGGCCCAGUGGCCUAUAUGCCUUUUACACAUUUAGGUCACGUCCGUCUGCAUUAGAGGAUGGAAGAUGAGUCCUAGCUGUAAGCAGCAGGCAUCUUUAACAUGCCAAACAUCUACUCUGAGGAAAUAAUUUGAUUAAGACACUCCUCAAGCUUGGCAUUACCAAGAUGCUUGUCAAGGUCAUCAACAGGAAUUAGGGAGGGGGACAGAUUGAGGGUGGGGUGUGGCAAGGGGGGCGGGGUAUGGCAAGCUGUAUUCUUAGUGUCAGUAUCAUCACAUAAUGAAGUUUGUAUAUACUUUACUUAAAAAUACAGUAUGCUGAGAGCUAAAAGUACCUUUCCUGACUGUUCAUGUCUAAAUAUUCUAGAUAGAUAUUUAUUAAACCAUUUCCUCCUUUUGAGUCCUGUCAUCGAGGCAUCACAGCUGAAUAAUAGAGUAAGAUGAACAGGAAUGUGAUGCUCAUCUAUUAUUGACACACACCACCAGCCCCUGAAAAUAGCUGGGUGCUUCUGAGGCCUGCACUACUCUGUGUGAGUGCUUGUGUGUGUAAGUGGACCCAGCUCUGGUCCCUCUGCCAACACAGAGUUGAACCCAUUCCAGACUUCUCCAAGGUCACCCAGGCUCUGAAUUGGCACAGUGACACACUGUCUUUGGUUACAUACUGUAGCGUCCUUAGUGAGCCCCUCAAACCACCAGAGAUGUUAUCUGUUAUAUUGAAAAACAGCCACCUUCAUCAUCCUUCAGGACAUUCAUAUGCAUUAGGCAGUAUGAGACGGAAAGGGAUAGAGCAACACUAGGAAAUGGGAAGAUUAUAUCUGCAUAAUUAUGUCUGAAUUCUAAUGUUUAUCAAUUGUGUCAGUCACUUUUCUGUCCAGACACUUACCUUACCAAAUUAAUAAAUAUGUCUUAUGUUCUGUCUCCCCUCGUCUAGAUGGAGCGUGAGAAGGUGUCUCUGGUGUCCACGCUGCAGGACUCCCAGAAGCAGUUGGAGCAGGCCCACGGGGCCCUGGAGGAGCACCAGGACAAGGUCAGCCGUCUCACCGAGAACCUCAACGCCAUCCGGAGGCUACAGGCCAGCAAGGAGCGCCAGUCAGCCCUGGACAAUGAGAAGGAGCGCGACAGCAACGAGGACGGGGACUACUAUGAGGUUGACAUCAACGGACCCGAGAUCCUGGAGUGCAAGUACAAGGUAAUUGAACAUGUAUACAUACACAUACAAGGUUUUUUCUUUAUUUGUACUAUUUUUUUAAUUGUAGAAUAAUAGUGAAGACAUCAAAACUAUGAAAUAACACAUAUGGAAUCAUGUAGUAACCAAAAAAGUGUUAAACAAAUCAAAAUAUAUUUUAUAUUUGAGAUUCUUCAAAUAGCCACCCUUUGACUUGAUGACAGCUUUGCACACUCUUGGCAUUCUCUCAGCCAGCUUCAUGAGGUAGUCACCUGGAACGCAUUUCAAUUAACAGGUGUGCCUUCUUAAAAGUUAAUUUGUGGAAUUUCUUUCCUUCUUAAUGCGUUUGUGCCAAUCAGUUGUGUUGUGACAAGGUAUGCAGAAGAUCGCCCUAUUAGGUAAAAUACCAAGUCCAUAUUAUGGCAAGAACAGCUCAAAUAAGCAAAGAGAAACUACAGUCCAUCAUUACUUUAAGACAUGAAGGUCAGUCAAUACAGAACAUUUCAAGAACUUUGAAAGUUUCUUCAAGUGCAGUCGCAAAAACCAUCAAGCGCUAUGAUGAAACUGGCUCUCAUGAGGACCACCACAGGAAUGGAAGACCCAGAGUUACCUCUGCUGUAGAGGAUAAGUUCAUUAGAGUUACCAGCCUCAGAAAUUGCAGCCCAAAUAAAUGCUUGACAGAGUUCUUGUCACAGACACAUCUCAACAUCAACUGUUCAGAGGGGACUGUGUGAAUCAGGCCUUCAUGGUCGAAUUGCUGCAAAGAAACCACUACUAAAGGACACCAAUAAUAAGAAGAGACCUGCUUGGGCCAAGAAACACGAGCAAUGGACAUUAGACCGGUGGAAAUGUGUCCUUUGGUCUGGAGUCCAAAUUUGAGAUUUUUGGUUCCAACCGCCGUGUCUUUGUGAGAUGCGGUGUGGGUGAACGGAUGAUCUCCGCAUGUGUAGUUCCCACCGUAAAGCAUGGAGGAGGAGGUGUUAUGUUGUGGGGGUACUUUGCUGGUGACACUGUCUGUGAUUUAUUUAGAAUUCAAGGCACACUUAACCAGCAUGGCUACCACAGCAUUCUGCAGCGAUACACCAUCCCAUCUGGUUUGGGCUUAGUGGGACUAUCAUCUGUUUUUCAACAGGACAAUGACUCAACACACCUCCAGGUUGUGUAAGGGCUCUUUUAUCAAGAAGGAGAGUGAUGGAGUGCUGCAUCAGAUGACCUGGCCUCCACAAUCCCCUGACCUCAACCCAAUUGAGAUGGUUUGGGAUGAGUCGGACGGCAGAGUGAAGGACAAGCAGCCAACAAGUGCUAAGCAUAUGUGGGAACUCCUUCAAGACUGUUGGAAAAGCAUUCCAGGUGAAGCUGGUUGAGAGAAUGUCAAGAGUGUGCAAAGCUGUCAUCAAGGCAAAUGGUGGCUAUUUGAAGAAUCUGAAAUAUAAAAUAUAGUUUGAUUUGUUUAACACUUUUUUGGUUACUACAUGAUUCCAUAUGUAUUAUUUCAUAGUUUUGAUGUCUUCACUAUUAAUCUACAAUGUAGAAAAUAGUACAAAUAAAGAAAAACCCUUAAAUGAGUAGGUGUUCUAAAACUUUUGACUGGUACUGUAUACUGUAUGCACACACAAGCACAUGCACACACACACACGUUUGUUUUACUGUCCUUGUGGGGACCAAACAAUUGAUUCUCAUUCAAAAUCCUAUUUUCCCUAAACCUUAACCUAACCCUAACCUUAACCCCUAAACCCAAUUCUAACCCUAAACCUAACCUCUAAGCCUAAAAUAGCCCUUUUCCUUGUGGGGACCGGCGAAAUGUCACCACUUCUCUGAAUUUUCCUUGUUUUACUAUCAUUGUGAGGAAUUUUGGUCUCCACAUAGAUAGUAAAACCAAAAUCACACACACACACACAUACACACUCACAGAUGUUGAAGCUAUUCCUGAAACUCUGCCUCUGGUGUACUCAGGUUGCGGUGUCGGAGGCAGGUGAGCUAAAGGAGGAGCUGAAAACUCUGAAGGCGGAGUACCAGUCCUGUCAGUCACACUACGAGGAGGACCGAGGCCGUCUGGAAACUCAUGUCACAGCCCUUGGAGAGAAGCUGGCCUCUCUGGAGAAGACCAGCCACGUGGAGAGAGAGGAGAAGGCCAGGCUGGAGAAGGAGCUGCGCAAGGUGAGAAACAUAUAUAUAUUUUUGUGUUAUAUUGGUGAAUGGUUAUCUGUAGUUGAUUUUUUCCUUUUCUCUGUGUAUGAAUAGUGUAUAUAUAUUUUUCUCAUACUUGCAAACCAUAUUUCUCACUUAGAUAUUAAUGACUGGUUUAUUAAUUGACAAAGUUUCUCUCUUUCUAUCUGUAAAGGUGAGUGACGUGGCUGGUGAGUCACAGGGCAGCCUGAGCGUGGCACAGGACGAGCUGGUCACCUUCAGCGAGGAGCUGGCCACCCUCUACAACCACGUGUGCAUGUGCAACAACCAGACUCCCAACCGCGUCAUGCUCGACUUCUACAAGCAGGGCAAGGGCGGGCGCACCAGUCCUGAGGGUCGCGGCCGCCGCUCCCCCAUACUGCUCACUAAGGGCCUGUUCCCCGUCCCAGAAGCUGCAGACAGCGCCCCGUCCCCUGUCUCCUCUCCCCCCUCACCACGGGAGCCAAUGAACGUGUACAACCUGGUGGCCAUCAUCCGGGACCAGAUCAAGCACCUGCAGCUGGCGGUGGACCGCACCACAGAGCUGUCCCGUCAGAGGAUGGCCUCUUUGGAGCUGGGCACCGUGGCUGAUAAGGACAAGGAGGCCUGCAUGGGGGAGAUCCUCAAACUCAAGUCCCUGCUCAGCACCAAGAGGGAGCAGAUCGCCACCCUGAGGACCGUGCUCAAAGCCAACAAGCAGGUCAGAUACUGAAUCUCUCUGUUUGUAUCUCCCUCCCCUCCCCUAAUAAUCAGAGUCAGGAGACUGAGGCAGGGACGUGGCUGUCUAAAGCCUGUUCAGCUAUCACAGCAAAUGCACUGCAGCCAAGAGUCAUUACAAAACACCAUGUAGAGACAGCUGGUGGCUGUGGGUGUGUGUCUGUAUCUGUGUUUCCAUGUGAAAGAGUUAGGAAAAGAUGAACGCUCUCUAAAGCAGACACACCCUGCCAGCCCAGAGCCUCAAUGUGUGUGUGUCCAGUUGCUGGUGUCAGCUCUUUGAAGAUGGUGUGUGUUCCUCAGCUCCUGAACCUGUGGAAAGACUCUCAGAUGAAAGCCUGUCGUAAAAAGACACACCUGUAGUCUUUAAAUCCAGCCAUCUCCCCAAUGAACUGCUGUGCAAGAAAACCUUCAGAGGUCACAGCACUAAAACAGACUAUAAUGACAUAAAUAUGCAGGAAAAAGACUCAAAAUGACCUAUUGCAGUUGGUGUGACUCGUUGUUGUGUUGUGUCCCCCCCCUGCAGACGGCUGAGGUGGCGCUGGCCAACCUGAAGAGUAAAUAUGAGAACGAGAAGGCCAUGGUGACGGAGACCAUGAUGAAGCUGAGGAACGAACUCAAGGCCCUGAAGGAGGACGCCGCCACCUUCUCCUCGCUCCGAGCCAUGUUCGCCACACGGUAAGAGGAAUACGCUAUCACACUUCCUGUUUAAAACACAUUAGGAACACACUAUCACACUCCUAGUUUAAAACACACGUUAAAAACAAGUUAUCACACUCCUUGGCCACACAGUAAGAGAGUAGUCAACCAUGCUCCAAGAACAGACAUUUACAUAUGCUCUCCCUGUAUACAAUGGUAACAGAUGAAUCUGUGCACAUGAGAUCAGGUUUGAGACUGUAUGUAUGCUUUAUGUUUGCUACAGUACAAGACAAGUACCUAGUUUACCUACACAUAUCAUGAAAUAAACCCACCACACCAAAAGAUAAGCACCAGCUCUUAUCUACAUUACAAGAGUAGUUACGAUAUCACUGCAUGACAAUAUCAAUACCAUUGCAAUAUGGUGUUUACAUACAUGUAUAUUGUUUACAUACAUAUUCUGUAUUUAGCAUGUACAUGUAUUAAAAAGUUGUUGCCAUGAGAUUAAAUGGAAAGAUUGAUUGACCAAAACACCUAUUACUCCCGGUGUACAUCUGGCCACUUUUAAUAUGUUAACCUACCAGUAACACCACAGAGACACCAUCCUAAGACCACACUCACAACAAGCUAAAUCUCUGUUUAACAGCACAUGCCAUAUUUACCAUAUGGUAACGACGUGUCCAUAACAUGCUUUUAAUAUCAGACAGGUUUAAUAGGAGUAUUGUUUUUCUCUGUGAAUCUGGGCCAGUGGAGGAUGGCCAUACGAUGGACACAUCUCUAAUCUGUAUGAUAAUUACUAUGAUGGAGAAGCAGUGUUUUUGACCAGUGUAUCAGAUGAAGGGGCUAUGUUAAAACCCCUUGCUGGCUAAGUCUGCUGAUUCCCAUAAGAAGCAGGCCAAAGGGUUUCCCUUAUAAUCCCUACCUCAGUCUAGACUGGAUUACUACCUCAGAUACACUGUCCUGUACUACAGUCUCAACAUAGUCUCAACGUAGUCUCCCUGUACAGUAGUCUUCCUCCUGAAGGAGUGGGUGUGUUUUUGGGGUGGGGGGGGGGGGUCUAUGUUGGUGGGUGGAUGGGUGUGACAAUGACUAUGAGUAUCGGUACACGUGUGUACACUAUAUUAAUGUACUGCACAUUAUUUUUGUACUUUUUUUGCUCUGAUCUUCUCCUGCAAACCUCCCUGGACCAGAUGGCGAUUCUGAGGCAGUCUCUCUCUGUCUUUAAGACUCCCCAGCUUACAGCAAAGCUCAUAUCAUGCUGUGCUAAAAGUAGAGGAGAGAGGAGGGGAGGGCUGCGCCAUCCACAGAGUGUGUGUACUCAGCACCCCUCAUCUUUACAGUAGGGUAAUGCUAUAUCUUCACUACCAGUCCAUUAGCUGGUGUUAUUGAGAAACUCUAUAUAACUGCAGUAGCUAAUCGAUUAGCAUGGUGGAGAAAACUGUCUUCCUCUGUAAAUAUGAGUGUUUCUGUUGUCAUAACGAUUUGGUGCAAUGCAGGGCCAGAUGGUCUGAUGAUGCAGGUGUUAAACCAUCCCUCUGAAGACAUAAGAAGAGUUCAGCUCUCACUGAGCACCUCAGAGGCAACCAUUUAGAAAAUAACUGACAUUGUGCUUAGAAUAGCUAGCACCAGAGAUACUGUAUAUAAUGAUGAGAUGGUCUUGUCUCCACCCUAACAAUGGGAGUUGUUGUCCCAAAGGCAGGAAGGCAGGCGGUCUACUUAUCGGUCUGCUUAUCGGUCUGCUUAUCACUGUACUUUGACUUGGACCCUCUCACUUCGCCUCUUCCUCUCUGCUGGCACUGAACAAUCAGGGGUUUCAAACCAAGUGGCCGUUAAGAGGUAGUGGCUAUUAUCAGCAGAACGAGGGUGUUCGAUAUGAUACAGUGGAAAAGGGCAGCUGCAGAGAGGGGCAUGUUAAAUGUUUAUUUCCCUGGUCUCCAUCCCUGUCCUCAUUUGCUGUUGUAAGAGACUGAUGAUGCUGAUAACUAAACAAAACAUAACAUAGCUCAGCUCUGCUCUGGGGGCCUCAGAAAAUUGGCUCUUAACCUCCCCCUCAGUCUUAACCUUGUAUGGUGAUUGCUAUGUGUCUUAGAUAUACUUAAUGUAACGUUUUUUGUUAUUCCCUAUAUAGUGCAGUAUAGGGAAUAGGGAGCCAUUUUGAACGCGGCAUCAGUAUGUUCAGGGCUGUGUACAGCCUUGGUGUUGGUGGUGGUUUCCAGUCAGUAUACUGGCUGGAGCCUGUAUGUAUUGGUAUGCUAAUUUUGCCCUAUAGAAUGAUGGUGGGGCAGGAGGAGAAGGGGUGGAGGCCUCUUUGAGAAGCUUUAAGAGGCAGAGGGACGUGACUGACCCACGUUUCCCACACUCCCCCUGUUUCUUCCCUCCAUGCCCUCAUCCGUCCUUCAUCCUCACAGCAAAACAUCCUACAGAGAGAGAGAGAGAGAGAUGGAUGGAGGGGUCUUUCAUUUCAGCUUCUCUACAGGGACUUAAUUUGAGUCUUUCUCAUGGUAAUUCCAUUUUUGACAUACUCUGUCGAGUUAAAGGUAGAUUUUUGGAUUUCUGAGACUUUCAGUGGACUGCCUCAGUUUGGAGUGUUUGGCCUCAGAGUGAGGAAGUUAGAGUGAAUAGAGUGAGACUGAAUGAAUGUACAAGUCUUUGUGUGACCGUUUUGUAUAAUGCAAGCUCCCAAUGUGUGUGUGUGCGUGUGCGUGUGUGCGCUCGCUUUACUCCAGCUGUGGUAUCAGUUUACAGUAAGAUCCUGGCUCUUACAUUCCUAAGACAUGUCUGGACAUGCCUGCUCUCAGCAGCCCUCAGCUCUAUACACACAAGACAAGACAGGUACUCCCUGACGAAGGCCAUGCAGCCGAAACGCAUCAGAGUUUUUAAUCUUGGUUUCCACUGAACAUGCCAUACAAAUAAAGGCAUUUUAAUUAGCUACAUGUAAAGUGUUGGUCCCAUGUUUCAUGACCUGAAAUGAAAGAUCCCCGAUAUUUUCCUUACGCACAAAAAGCUUAUUUCUCUGAAAUGUUGUGCACAAAUUUGUUUACAUCCCUGUUAGUGAGCCUUUCUCCUUUGCCAAUAUAAUCCAUCCACCUGAUAGGUGUGGCAUAUCAAGAAGCUUGAACUGGGGACAAUAAAAGGCCACUCUAAAAUGUGCAGUUUUGUUACACAACACAAUGCCACAGAUGUCUAAAGUUUUGAGGGAGUGUGCAAUUGGCAUGCUGACUGCAGGGAUGUCCACCAGAGCUGUUGCCAGAUAAUUUAAAGUUAAUUUGUCUACCAUAAGCCGCCUCCAACGUCGUUUUAGAGAAUUUGGCAGUACGUCCAACCGGCCUCACAACCGCAGACCACGUGUAACCACGCCAGCCCAGGACCUCCACAUCCGGCUUUAUCACCUGCAGGAUCGUCUGAGACCAACCACCCGGACAGCUGAUGAAACUGAGGAGUAUUUCUGUCUGUAAUAAAGCCCUUUUGUGGGGAAAAACUCAUUCUGAUUGGCUGGGCCUGGCUCCCCAGUGGGUGGACCUGGCUUCCAAGUGGGUGGGCCUAUGCCCUCCCAGGCCCACCCAUGGUUGCGCCCCUGCCCAGUCAUGUAAAAUCCAUAGAUUAGGACCUAAUUUAUUUGUUUAUAUGAACUGUAACUCAAUAAAAUCUUUGAAAUUGUUGCAUGUUGUGUUUAUAUUUUUGUUCAGAGUAUCUUUGUCUUCCUCUGAUUUCCAUGUUGUUAUUACUUUCAUUGUUGGUUAUGUUAUUCCUUCUUUCUCUCCCCCCUCCUCCCUCCUGAGUCCUCUUUCUCAUCCUCCACCAUGACCAGUGCUGUUCCCACAUAGCCAGAGAACAGUUGAAGGGAGUGUGUGGGUCUGAGUACACAGUCCAUGUGACAAACAAAUGUGCUGUAGUGCUGUGUGCCUGCACGCAUAUGUCGGUAUGUUUAGGGCGUAUGCGCCUGUCUGUGUAGUCCAUACCCUCCCUAUGAACGCGUCGUCAUAUUUCAGUAAGCGCAUGCGUGUGUGGGUGUGGAUAUGGGUAUAUGCUGUGCACAUUAUGUAUACUCUGAGCGUAUGUGUGUGUGCAGUGAGCCUAUGUGUGUUUCGUGACCCCUGGCUACUGUAGAUCAUCUGAGACGUGGGGUCUCUGUUCCUCACUACUCUGAAUGUGGAGACUGUUUGUUCUACAAAGGGCCAGCCGCCCCCCAGACACCCAGGGCCCCUCUCUAUCAGACCAAGAAUAGCCCCAUUGUAACCCCUCAUCCCCAGAAUGGAACCCUGUAUUUUUUCCCGGGAAAACCCACGCCCUCUUACACCCUCCCCCCAGCAUGGCUGGUCCGUCUUAAAGUGCACUGCGACUCCUGGGACCCCCCCCCCCCCCAUUCGCCAUCUCACACUGGGUCAAAUGAAGCUGCACUGAUCCCCAUUGUCUGGGUGUGUGUCCCAGUGGGAAUCAGACUGCAAACGGGGACUAUGUUUGUGUAUGUGGGGGAAGAGAGGGUACACAUCACAGGAGCAAUAACACAACACCUCAACGGGCCAAUAGUGAGAGACUCAAUUACAUAAUGAGUUCUUAUGUGAGCAAUAAGAAGAGGCUUUCAGCCAUUGAUUGGGGCAAUGGUAAGAACCACAACAGACCUCAGCAACAUAGUUGUCGUGUUGUUGUUUUAUAGAUUGUUAUUGACACUUGGAAGUGUAGAGGAAAACAUUCCAAUCCACCAGAUAGAACAGGCAGUGUUUUUUGUCCCACGGUUUAGAUUCAGAGUCAGUAAUUCCUUUGAUAUAAUUCAGUGCCAGGGAGUGUUCUAAUUGCAGAAUGUGUGGAGCCCUGCAGGCAGGAUUGAGGGAGUGCUUUGAGAUGCCAUUUCUUUGGUGCCAAUGUGGGUUAGGCUAAAGGACAGCUGGAGGGGAAGGUAGGACGCAGAUAUCUCUGCAGAGGUGUGGCUAACAUCAUUACUGGGGAAUGUCAAGCUAGAAUAGAGGAGUUUGAUGGAAGGCUAGAGAAAGAUGGAGGGAGGGAGAGAAGAGGAAAACAAGAGAAAGGAUGGAGGAAGGAUGAUAAAGAGAUACAUGAAGGAAGGAUGGAGGAAGGAUGAUAAAGAGAUACAUGAAGGAAGGAUGGAGGAAGGAUGAUAAAGAGAUACAUGAAGGAAGGAUGGAGGAAGGAUGAUAAAGAGAUACUUGAAAGAAGGAGGGAGGGAGGGAGGGAGGGAAGGAGAUGAUGGAGAGAUUUAAUAUGAGGAUGCAGGGAAAGGAGAGAGAGUGAAAGAGAAAAUGGCAUAAUGAUUAAUAAUGAGAGAGGAGGGGUGUAGCAGAUGAAAGACAGUGAUAUGAACCCCUGCCUCUACAUUCCGGGCAGCAUGACCUAGUUUUUCGCACCUGCCUGGCCAUAACACACACACAUUCACACACACCAGAUCACAAGGGUAUAGAAAGGGUAGGUUUAGCUUCACAGCACAGUGAAACUAAUGAAGAGAUAGAAAGAGAGAGGGAGAGAAAGGCGAAAGAGUAGUUAAUAUCUUGAGGUAUUUCACACUAAUGUGAGAGGCAGAGUUUAGACUGUAUGUUAUAUUACAUAGAUGCUAGAGAAAAGGUGAAGACAGAUUAAUAUAAGAGAUAGAGAGAGGACAGUAAAUCUAGAUCUGUGAACUCAGAAGUAUCUCCUCGAGACUUGUACCUCUCUCGUCUUCUCUCUCUCCCUUAGCCCACUCCCAAGGUGAUGCAGGAGGGAUCUUGGAGCCGUCCCCUGGGUUAAAGCUUUCCCCCUUUGUGUGUGACCUAUUAUUAACUCACUCCGUGCUCUGACUCCUCAUAUUGUCAUGCAGACAGACAGACUGAGGCCCACGGUAGAGCUGCAUUCAGAAUGAAUGUUAAUCACACCCAUAGGGUUUUUAGUCCUCAUCAGCAUAGCCCACAUGAAAACCUGGGACACAUUCAAAUGGGCUGUAUGUUAAGCUAAUAAACUCUGCAUAUAUUAGCAUACUGUGUUUGGAUAUUAGCAGUACAAAGUGAUUAAUGUGUAGCUGGGCCUUGGGAUGAAGAGUGUACCGUUUGGUUAAGGGGGGAAGGGGGGGAAUGUGAAUAGUAAAUACAUCUCUACAUUCUCUAGUGUACCAGUGCAACACUUGAGUGAAUCUUGUGGGGGUGAAAUGAGAUCCUGUUGUUUUACAGGAUGAUGACAGUUCAGGUGCUGGGGGAGAUGGAGAGAUAGUCUGGUGAAAUGGUAGAGUGCCUUCAAGGCUCUGAUAGACACCUCAAGGUCUCUAGCUGGUGGUGAAGACAGGCACUGGGGACGUAGGUCAAAGGUCAAGAUGAAUAUAUGUCAAUACGUGUUUCUUGCAUUGGUUUUCAGAGGGUGCAAAGGGCAGUAAAAUCCUUCAGAAAUGGCCACAGACAAUAUGAACAGUCUGAAUGGAGAGCCAGACCUUUACCAAUGGUAGCGAACCGUACAGACCACAGUCACUGCGUCACUGUACCUUUGGCUGUUAACAAUGCAGGUUGCUACUGCCACCUACUGGAUGGCCAGUGAAAAUGUAGCAAUUGUCAUCUCUGGUGUCCUUCAAGUUCAAAGACUGGAAUAUCACUUACUUUGGAGACAAAUGCCUGAUUCUAAUGUGAUCUCUCUCUCUCUCCCUAUCUCUCUCUCUCCUUCCAUCCCUCUCUCACUCUCCCUCCAUCCCCCUCUCUCUACCCUGUUUCCCCUCUCUCUCACUCUCUCUCUCUCUCUCUCUCCUCUCUCUCUCUCUCUCCCUUCCUAUCCCUCUUUCUCCUCCUAUCCGACUCUCUCCCUCCAUCCUCUCUCUCCCUAUCUCUGUAUCUCUCACUAUCUCUCUCUCUCUCUCUCUCUCCCUCUCCCUCCUUCUCUCCUGUAGCUGUGAUGAGUAUGUGACUCAACUGGAUGAGAUGCAGAGACAGCUGUCUGCGGCGGAGGAUGAGAAGAAGACCCUGAACUCCCUGCUCCGUAUGGCCAUUCAGCAGAAGCUGGCCCUGACCCAGCGCCUGGAGGACCUGGAGUUUGACACCGAGCAGACCCGCCGCGGAGGCAAACCAAAAGCCAGAACCACUAACGGCAGAACCACCAACGGCCAGACCAACACCGCCAACAACCCCCGCGUAAGUCACGGCCUCACCUGUGCCGGCAUCGGCCGCCCCAACGAGCCCAACGCCAUGCCCAACGGCAUCCGUGGAGGCCCCGUGGUCUUCUGCAGCGAGAAGUACAAGAUCUACUGCGACUGA